UCGAACAGCCAUCCCUUCGUUCCAAGAUCUCGUGAUCAAGAUCGACAGGUUGGACAGGAUCGGGGGUGCAGAAGUUUAGUUUGAUCCGAAAUGGGGACGAAUACGGGCGACCGGUCUCUGCUCGGUUCGAUCGCGAGGAGCCUGUCGUUGGAUCGGCGGGCUGAACGUGGAACGGCCGAGCUCCCCCUCGCGGGAAACGCGACCAAGGCCAACACCGUCCACGAGGAGGAGACCUCCUCGUUGAACGACCUGUUCUCGGGGAGCGGCGGUGUCGAGUUAGGCUGGUUCAACGACUCGGCCGCCGCGAUAACCUCCACCUCGCCCUCCUACCCCGGCGCUGCGUCCUCCUCCUUCUUCUCGUCCGUCUCGCCCACGUCCCUUGGAUCCGAGAAUUACACGGGGAUAUCGGACCUGUUCGUGUUCGACGAUCUGAACGAUUACAUCAAUCGACUGAAUUACAGCGCAUUCGUUAAUCUGACGGCCUAUUACGACGGCGGGGCCAACCUGAACCUGAACGGAACCGUGAACUGCACCUCGUCCAUCGCGUCGUCCGGUGUGGUGAGUGCGGGUGAGUGCGGGCCGGCGGCGGACGUUGACGAAAAGACGGACGCCAACAGUUGGUGGGCCCUGAUCCUCGUCAUCGUCCCCUGUUUGACCUUGUUCGGCAACGUGUUGGUUAUACUGGCCGUGGUUCGAGAGAGGGCCUUGCAAACGGUCACCAAUUACUUCAUCGUGAGCCUGGCCGUCGCCGAUCUUCUCGUCGCCGUGCUCGUAAUGCCGUUCGCCGUCUACGUGUUGGUAAACGGGUCGUGGAGCUUGCCCGGCUUUGUCUGUGACUUUUACAUCGCAAUGGACGUCACGUGCAGCACCAGUUCCAUCUUCAAUCUCGUAGCAAUCUCUAUAGACAGAUACAUAGCAGUGACCCAGCCGAUAAAAUACGCCAAGCACAAGAACAAUAGAAGAGUGUGGUUGACGAUACUGUUGGUCUGGGCGAUAUCUGCCGCGAUCGGCAGCCCGAUUGUUCUCGGCUUGAAUAACACCCCCGACCGGACACCGGACCAAUGCCUCUUCUACAAUACAGACUUUAUCAUAUACUCGAGCCUAUCCAGCUUCUACAUACCUUGCAUCAUCAUGGUGUUUCUCUACUACAACAUAUUCAAGGCGCUGCGAAACAGAGCGAGGAAAGCGAGGGCCAAUAGGAAGCCUAAUUUGGGCGACAUUAAGCCGGGCAGCAUAAUAGAGAACAUAGCGCACACUCGCAGUGGGUAUUCUGUGGCAAGGUUUGCGGAGACGGCGCUGGGGGCGGCGGCUCUCGUGGCUCCCGGCAUCGAAGAGCCGACCAACACCGCUUCCGGUAGCAACGAGGACGAGGACGAGACACCCCUUGAUCCUGUUGUGGUCAUCUCGAACGAUAAGAGCACCGAGUUCUUUCUGGCCACUGUCGUCGAGGAAGCAGCUUGUCGUUUCAGCGCAGUGGCUCAAGCACAACUGGGUGGAGAACGGCAGAAGGGAAGAAAGGAUCCUGGAUACGACGGUGCGGCGAGCACCGCGGUGAUACACGAACCGGUGGUGGAGACGAACUCGAGCCCGAGCCCGAACCCGCGGAUCGCUUCGGCCCCGUCGUCCUCGACUUCGUCCUCGCCGCCUGCCAAGGGCGCGGCCGCGACCGGCCAAGCCUCGCAGACGAAGAGGAACGGCGGCGAAACGAACAAGCAGGAAUUGAAGAGGCUGAAGAGCGCCGUCUCCCUUCUCCCUCUUCCGCUCGCGCGCACGCCGAGCGUGAUGUCCGCCUCGUCCACCUGCAAGAAGGACAAGAAAAAUGCCGGCUCCGGAUCGCGUUUCACCAUAUACAAGGCGAACAAGGCGAGCAAGAAGAAACGGGAGAAAAGCUCGGCGAAGAAGGAGCGCAAGGCCACGAAAACGUUGGCCAUUGUUCUUGGUGUAUUUCUGAUCUGUUGGCUGCCGUUCUUCACGUGCAACAUCAUGGACGCGAUUUGCACGAAGCUGACUGCCGACUGUCAACCAGGCGUCACCGCAUUCAUAGUGACCUCUUGGCUAGGGUACAUGAACAGCUUCGUAAAUCCCGUGAUUUACACUGUGUUCAAUCCGGAAUUUCGCAAAGCCUUUCAUAAACUUGUCAGCUUCUAGGCGUAUCUCGAUUUCGUUUUAUCAAGUCACGUUUUAUCUUGAGUGAUAUGGAGGAACAACAACGAGACAAUUGGACAAUCGAACAGCUCAACAUUUGUUCCGGCUGAAGGUAU